UGAAACCUGCUUGGGUGUAUUUCCCAUUCACUCUCCCUCUGCCACACUCGUUCAAGACCCCCCUUUCUCUACUAUUGUAUGCUCUAUGCUCUACUACUAUUCCACCGUCACAUCUCCGGCUUCAUCUAAUGCCGUCAGUAUCAUACUGUAAUCGCGUCAUACGGCUUAGCACCUAGUCUUUGCAAGGGCCCCUAGUGGACGGCUCUCGGUCCCAGCAAUAAUUCAACGGAUCGUCACUUUUUUUGCGUCUCCAACAUUUCUACCUACUCAUACUCGAGUACAAUUCCAAUUUACACACCCGAACCUUUUCAUAAUUGAGAGCUGCGCGUUCCUCGACUGAUCUCGACGUGGACGUGGUUAGAGGUCGCCAUGUCUCUGCCAGCCCACAAUCCGGGCUCCUUUCGAAGAGGGCGGGCAUCUUCAACCAGCUCUCACUCCAACCCAAGGAUCAUUCCAGGCGCCUCGACCAAUAAUGCUUCUGCUUCUGCUUCUGCUUCCCACGCCCAUCAUGGCUCUUUCCGCUCUUUCGACACCCAUUUAUCUGCAGUUUUCAAUCCAUUGAGUGCAUCCGGCCCUAGAGAACCAACCCGCUCUUCUCUUCACAUGCUCUCUUAUCGCGCCCCGAUAGGUAAGUUGGUUCUGUGAUAUUAUCAACCAUUGCUAACACCUCAACAGCUCCCAUUGACACUGCCCAGUAUGCUCAUAGCGUACGAGAAGAUACGGCCGAGCUUGCAUCUUAUGCUCUCUCCGAUAGAGGCUCCAUUCGUAGUGCUUCCCCGCCUCCUUCACGCCGAAGCAUACAGACCAACCUCGAUACCUACCUUGAUAGCAUACCCAAACACAACUCCUCCACGAAUCUAGAAAAUCUAUCGCACCAAGAAACUAUACCCGAAGUAUCAGAACCGCCAUCUUCAGAAAAUGGCGGUUCGCCUAGCAAUCGCUCCAGCAGUUCUACCCUCACGGAGAUGUUGAGGCGGUCCCCACCAAGCACCUCACCAACAAACAAUGAGUCUCAAAGCAAGGGAUCUCCCAGCAAGAAAGGAAAAAGUACGAACGGAGGGACCGUGGAGCCAGACCAAAGAAGACUGAUAUUAACAUCAGAUGGUGUUGUGGAUGAUGAACGAACACCGCUAUUGCCAAGGAAACCCAAACAAAUUAAACCCAAACCCCACCCAGAUUAUAUAGGGGGCGAAGACGAUCUUGAGCAGCAAGUCGUGAGAAGGGUUCCCUCAUGGCCCAAACUACGGAAUGUUGUACUGUGGCCCCGAGCGCGGGGGAUGGAUAUUGCCCGUACUAUAGCCAACCCCAAGAGCUGGGACAGGGAGGCUAUUUGGAAGAACGCCGUACUUGCGCCCACCGCGUGUCUUCCAGCUGUGGUUCUUGGAAUAUUACUCACCAUCUUGGAUGCCUUGUCAUAUGGUAUGUAUUCGAAUUUUUAUUAGGUCAUGUGCAGGGCUGUGCGAAGGAAAUGCUUGUGUACGGGACACUCAAUUCGCGAUACUAACUUGAAUUUUCCAGGUAUGAUCUUGUUCCCUCUAGGUCAACCACUAUUCGAGAAGUUGGGCUCAGCUGGUAUAUCCAUGUUUUACGUCAGUUGUAUUGUAUCGCAACUGAUCUUUUCAUGUGGUGGAAGUGGCUUCAAAGGAGGAAUUGGUUCCGAGAUGGUUUGUUGGCUAGUAUUUUCAAUUAGGAUAUUGCAGUACUAAUUCUAUUGUCGCACAGAUCGAGGUGGUACCGUUUUUUCAUAAAAUGGCUAUUACUAUCAUGACUAGAGUUGGCGAAGAAAACCCUCAGGCUGUCAUUGCAACCACAAUUACCUCAUACGCGAUCAGCUCUAUCAUCACCGGUCUUGUCUUUUUCUCCAUGGGAUACUUUCGCUUUGGUUAUCUCGUGGGCUUUAUUCCCAGACAUAUUCUAACAGGCUGCAUUGGUGGCGUUGGCUGGUUCCUUAUCGCUACAGGGAUUGAAGUGUCUGCUCGUAUGGAGGGCGAGUUCGUUUAUAGCUUUGCCACGCUUCACAAAAUGUUCCAAUCUGACACUGUAGCUCUAUGGGUCAUACCACUCGCUCUUGCAGUGAUCCUAUUUCGACUUCAGCACAUAUGGAAAAGCCGAUACCUUCUUCCGGCGUAUAUCUUGUGCAUUCCUGCCAUAUUCUACUUCUUUACGUUCUCACUUGAUCAAUUAGAUAUGGACAAUCUGACUCGCGAUGGUUGGAUUUUUCAAGGUCCGGAAUCAGGAGAACCCUGGUGGUACUUUUACACAUUAUACGGCAUGCCACCUCAUUCUAUGAAAUUUUUUAUUACAACUAAUCAUGCUAGACUUUAAACUUGUUCACUGGGGAGCAAUUGGGGAGACCAUACCUGCAAUGAUGGCCCUCACUUUCUUCGGCCUUUUGCAUGUUCCUAUCAAUGUGCCAUCCCUGGCUUUCACUAUAAACGACGACAAUAUAAACCUUGAUAACGAGCUCAUCGCCCACGGAUUAUCCAAUGCUAUCUCUGGUGGCUUAGGAAGCAUUCAAAAUUACUUGGUAUACGCCAAUAGUGUGCUUUUCUAUCGAAGUGGCGGUGACAGUCGCCUGGCAGGAAUCAUGCUUGCUAUUGGGACCAUGGGAGUUCUAGUCAUAGGGCCAAAAAUCAUAGGUUUUAUUCCAGUCAUGAUGGUCGGAACUCUGAUCUAUAUUCUUGGGUUUGAGUUAUUUGUCGAAGCCAUGUGGGAUACAAGAAAGAAACUUGGAGCUCUUGAGUACUUCACCGUGAGUCUAUAUACGACUGCUAAUCUUACAUUGUGUUCUUCAUGCUGACAGCUUUUCAGGUAUCCGUUAUUGUCCUCGUCAUGGGUACUUACGAUUUCGUCGUUGGCAUAUUCGUGGGAGUUGCACUGGCCAUGUUGUCACUUACGAUACAGACCUCAAAUAUUCCCGCCAUUAGAGCGUCUUACUCUGGCGAAAUUGCUGGAUCUACUGUGCGGAGGAAUCCCACUCAAACCUGUUAUCUUCGCAAGACUGGACAGCAAGUUCACGUCACUAAGCUUGCUGGUUAUCUUUUCUUCGGUACAAUUGGCAGUGUCGAAGAUCGCAUCCGAGCGCUGAUUGAAGAGGACGCCUUCAAGAAACGACCAAUUCGAUUCUUAGUGUUGGACCUGUACCACGUUACUGGAAUCGAUUAUUCUGCAGCUGAAGCCUUCAAUCGACUAAAUCGCAUUUUCAGUAUGAAAGGGGUCACUCUACUCAUGAGUGGCGUGGUAACUGGAGGUCCUCUGGCUAUAACCUUGGCCAACAUUGGACUUGGUUCAGAGGGUAAUGAGGUCAAAUUCUUUGAAGACCUUAAUUCUGCGUUGGAAAGCUGCGAAAAUGAGUUAUUAAAGACCCUCUAUUCCAGCAAGGCGGCACGAAGCACCAGGAAUCCUCCUGCAAAUGUCGAAGUUCCAGGUCAGGUGCCGCCGGCCGAGCAUUCGAUCGAUGUACAAUUCAGUUCACCCAGGCGCAACCAACUUCAAGUAGCGGCUACCAUGACUCUCGACGAUAGUCCAGGAGAGAAUCGAUACGCCAAUUUCAAAGAACCUCUCCGUCUCAUCCUCCAAACCUUUCAAGGACUUACCGACAAGAAUGAAGAUUUCUGGUUCCGCGUGAUCCCCUUCUUCACCAAGAAGGAAUAUAUCGCCGGUACCGUCCUCUACCAUUCAGGUGAAGUUGCAAAUGGAUUUUACCUCCUUCAAGAAGGUAUUCUACGCGCGGACUACGAUCUUCCCCAGGGCAAAUACUUUGAGAGUAUUGUUGCUGGUACGACGUGUGGAGAGUUACCCUUCUUCUCUGACACCGAUCGGACAGCGACGGUACAGGCAGAGCGGGAUUGCGUGUGUUGGGUCAUGGAUCGGGAAAAUUGGGAGAAGUUGCAGAAGGCAGACCAGGAGGUUGUGCAGGAGUUAUUGAGAAUUGGUCUUAAGUUGACGAGUGAAAGGAUGAGUGCGAUUACUUCUUAUGUUUUGACCACUGCUGGUUAA